AUGUUCAACGAGUUGGUGGAAGACGCCGAGAAGUACAAGAAGUUCUACGAAGCGUUCUCGAAGAACUUGAAGUUGGGGAUCCACGAAGACACGACCAACCGCACCAAGAUCGCCAAGCUCUUGCGCUACCACUCGACCAAGUCUGGCGAAGACUUGACGUCGUUCGACGACUACAUCUCGCGCAUGCCCGAGUCGCAACCCGGUAUCUACUACGUGACGGGCGAGUCGAAGAAGGCGGUGGAGAACUCUCCGUUCAUUGAGAAGUUGAAGAAGAAGGGUUACGAAGUGUUGUUCAUGGUGGACCCCAUCGACGAAUACGCUGUCCAGCAGUUGAAGGACUACGAGGGCAAGAAGUUGAUCUGCGCCACGAAGGAAGGCAUGGACUUGAAGGAAACGGACGACGAGAAGAAGACGUUCGAAGAAGCCAAGGCCGCGACGGAAGGCCUGUGCAAGUUGAUGAAGGAAGUGUUGGACGACAAGGUGGAGAAGGUGCAAAUCUCGAGCCGCAUCGUCGAAUCUCCGUGCGUGUUGGUGACUGGCGAGUACGGCUGGUCGGCCAACAUGGAGCGCAUCAUGAAGGCGCAAGCGCUGCGCGACAGCAGCACGUCGUCGUACAUGAGCUCGAAGAAGACGAUGGAGAUCAACCCGUUGCACCCGAUCAUCAAGUCUCUGCGCGAAAAGUCGGACGUGGAUAAGAGCGACAAGACGGUCAAGGACUUGAUCUGGUUGUUGUACGACACGUCGUUGUUGACGUCUGGCUUCUCGUUGGACGAACCCACGACGUUUGCCGGCCGCAUCCAUCGCUUGAUCAAGUUGGGGUUGAGCAUCGACGACGAUGACAUUGCCGAAGAAAACUUGGACGACUUGCCUCCUCUUGAAGGCGACGAAGGCUUGGAGGAAUCCACCAUGGAAGAAGUCGAUUAA